AUGCAGGAGGCUACGGUGGUGGCAGGGAUCCUGCCUGUAGCGCACCUGGAGGCUCUCGAGGCCGACGCCGAUGCACUGGCCGACUGCCCCAACUACUGGGUGCCGCGCGAGGUGGCGGAGGGUGCCGCGCCGGCGCUGUGCGUGGCGGAGCAGGCGGUGCAGCAGCUGUACAGGCGGCUGGUGCAGGCGCAGCUGGCGCCGCACGACGGCGCCUGGCAAGGCGCAGAGUACUGGUGUCAGGUGAGCGUGUGCAACCAGCAGGAGAAGGUGCAGGCAGCCACCCUGGGCUGGGUGUAUGAGGGCGGCCGCGGCCUGGGCUUCCACUUUGACAAGGAUGAGCACGUAAUGGCGGCAGAGGGGCGCAUGAUCAACCCCAUCCUCUCCUCUGUGCUCUACCUCACCGGCAGCUCGGGGGACGCAGUGCGCCAGGCGCCCACGGUGCUCAUUGACCAGCGGUACAGCCAGGAGCAGCGCUGUGCGCUCCCAGACAACCCCGCCUGGAGCAGCCUGGUCUUCCCGGUGCGCAACCAGUACUGCCUGUUUGGCGGGGAGCAGGCGCACGGCGUGCUGGAAAGCAUGGCGCCGCCGCGGCCGCCGGCAGGAGCGGCAGCCGGCGACCCUGAGCAGCAGCAGCAGAGGCGGCGCCGGGUCACGUUCCUGGUCAACUGGUGGGCGCAGCGCCCGCAGAAUGUGGUGCGUGCCACGGCAGGGGAUGUGGCGCAGGGCAAGCUGGCAGCGGCGCUGGAUGCGCUCACCACUCCCAGCUGCACCGCCUGCGGCUGCCGCGACAGCGGCGGCAGCGCAGAGGGCGCGGCAGCUGGGCUGGCGGAGCUGGCGCUGGAGGAGGCAGCUGACGCGCACACUCGGCAUGAGCAGCGGGCGCUGCGUCCCGUGCCGUUUGUGCGGGUGGAGGCGCCGCCGCUGUGGCCGGGGGAUGUCCUGCCGGUCGACGAGCUGCUGCUGCAGCGCGGGGUGUGCAUCAACAGCGGCGGCGGCAGCGGCGGCGGCCAGGAUGGCGCAGCGGCGCAGGCGGCAGAUGCGGUGGCCGUAGCGCACGGCGGGCUGACGCUGGUGCCACUGGAUGAGGAGCAGGCGGACCCGGCGCACCCGCUGCAGGUGCUGGCGGCGCUGGUGCCCACAGCAGACCUGGAGAGUGAGGGCAGCGGCAGCGGCAGCGGCAGCGACAGCGGCAGCGGCAGCGACAGCGGCAGCGGCGGCGGCAGCGAGGGCUCGGGAUGA